AUGACAACAUUUAUUGAUUAUCUUAAAAGAUUUUUUUGUUGUGAGGAUAUAAAUAAUGAUAAUGAUAACAAACAAGAAAAACAUACUAGUAAAGUUACUAAUAACUUUAAAUUGAAGUCUGAAACUAUUCCAGUAGUUUCUAAUUCGAAUAAAUCAGAAGAAAGUGAAAAAGUAAUUUUUGAGAAUGAAGAAGAUAAUUCAAUUGAUAGUUCACUUACUUUAGAGGAAGAUUUAUUAAAUAGAAACAAAUUAAAAUUAUUACUUGAUAAUUUCAUUAAUGAUUUGAGUGAUGAUAGUCAAUUAAGUGAAGAUUCAAUUAAAAAUGAUGAAAAAUUCAAAGAUGUGAUUAAAGAAUAUUACAAAGAAUUUAAAGAUGAUAAAAAUGAUGUUAACAAAGUUUUUUUUAAAUUAAUUAUUCUACUAAAUAAUAACACAAAAGAAAUUACAAGAAGUGAUUUAAUUGAUUAUUCUAAAGAAUUACUUGAAAUGUGUAAGAAUGAUAAUAAUCAUUUGCCAUUUGAUAAAGCUCUCGUAGUGUUUAAAACUUUGAUAAUGUCACUUAAUACUAAAUCUAUUGAUGUUGAAUAUUCAGAUACCAAGACAGAUUACAAUCACACCACAACCAUAUUUCACAAUUCAACUGAAAAACAAAUUAAACCUGAUAUGACUAAUAGAACAUUUUCAUUUAAAGAUUCUUUAGAAUUCUUUAAGAAUCUUUCAGAUCAACAAUCAUCUACCGAUCAUCGUAACAAUGUUCAAAAACUGUAUUUACAACCUUCUAAUAAUGAUGAAGUAAUAAAAAAUUCCUCCAUUGAUAAAUCCGCUCAAUCUAUCAAAAACAUAAAUUAUGGUAAUGAAAAUUUUAUACCAAAAACAUACAAUGAUGAUAAUGCAGUUGAAUUAUCAAACAUGUCAGAGUAUUAA